AUGGCGGGCGAGCCUCUCGAGGAAUUGAUUGAAUUCAACCCCUGCGAUCCCUUGGGUCUCUGCGCGGACCUGGACCUGGACAUGGACGAGGAGGGCGGCGACGAGGAGGGCGGCGACGAGCAAGGCGGCGACGAGCAAGGCGACGAGGGUGAGGAGGGCGAGGAGGAGGAGGAUGAGGAGGAGAAGAAGAAGAAGAAGAAGCAGGACCCGGCCGCCACCGGUGCGGCCGCCAAGGAGGGCAAGAAGAAGAAGAAGAAGGGCGGCUGCUGCAGCUGCUGCUGCUGCUGCUGCUGUGGUGGCGACGACGACGCCAAGAAGGACGGCGACACGGCGGCGCCGACGCCCGCGACGAUGAGCCGGAUGGCGGGGGUGAUGAAGGCGGCGGCGAAGGCGGCGGAGGAGAUGUGA